AUGGCGGAGACUUUCGCAUUCAAUGCAGACAUCCAACAGCUGAUGAGUUUCUCGGCAGAUUCCCAGCAGGUAGACUUGCCGUCACGCAUCGUCGGCUUGAUCAUCAAUACCUUCUACUCCAACAAGGAGAUCUUCCUGCGAGAGCUCAUCUCCAAUGCCUCGGAUGCUCUGGACAAGAUUCGCUACGAAUCGAUCACGGAUCCAGACAAGAUCGAGGCGCAGCCCAACUUCUUCAUCAAAAUCAUCCCGGACAAGACCAAUUCGACUUUGACCAUCGAAGACUCCGGCAUCGGCAUGACCAAGAACGAACUGAUCAACAACCUCGGGACCAUCGCCAAGUCUGGCACCAAAGCCUUCAUGGAGGCCAUGGCGGCCGGCGGCGACAUCUCCAUGAUUGGCCAGUUCGGCGUCGGCUUCUACAGCGCAUACCUCGUCUCGGACAAGGUCCGCGUCGUCAGCAAGCACAACGACGACGAGCAGUACAUCUGGGAGAGCGGCGCCGGCGGAUCCUUCACCGUGCAGAAGGACACCGAGCUGGUGCACGGCGAGAUCAAGCGAGGUACGAAGAUUAUCUGCUACCUCAAGGAAGACCAGUCCGAGUUCCUCGAGGAGCGACGCUUGAAGGACUUGGUGAAGAAGCACUCCGAGUUCAUCGGCUUCCCCAUCGAGCUGUACGUGGAGAAGUCCAAGGAGAAGGAGGUGACUGACUCCGAGGAGGAAGAGGAGGAGAAGAAGGACGAGAAAGAGGGUGACGAGCCCAAGAUCGAGGAAGUGGAUGAGGAGAAGGAGAAAGAGGAGAAGAAAAAGAAGACCAAGAAGGUGAAGGAGGUCUCGCACGAGUGGGAGCAGCUGAACAAGAACAAGCCUCUCUGGAUGCGCAAGUCCGAAGACGUCACCAACGAGGAGUAUGCUUCCUUCUACAAGUCGCUGUCCAACGACUGGGAGGACCACCUUGCGGUGAAGCACUUCAGCGUCGAGGGCCAGCUGGAGUUCCGUGCGCUGCUCUUCGUCCCCCGCCGGGCGCCCUUUGACCUCUUCGAGAGCAAGAAGAAGCGAAACAACAUCAAGCUGUAUGUGCGUCGUGUCUUCAUCAUGGACGACUGCGAGGAGUUGAUGCCAGAGUGGCUGAACUUCGUGAAGGGCGUGGUGGACUCGGAGGACGACUACAAGAAGUUCUACGAGCAGUUCGGCAAGUGCCUGAAGCUGGGCGUCCAUGAGGACUCCACCAACCGCACCAAGUUGGCCGAGCUCCUCCGCUACCACACUUCCAAGUCUGGAGACGAGCAGAUCAGCCUGAAGGAGUAUGUCGACCGAAUGAAGGAGGGACAGAACGACAUCUAUUACAUCACAGGUGAGAGCAUCGCGGCAGUGUCUUCCUCUCCUUUCCUGGAGACCCUGCGAAAGAAGGGCAUCGAGGUGCUUUACAUGAUCGACCCCGUCGACGAGUACUCCGUGCAGCAGCUGAAGGAGUUCGAUGGCAAGAAGCUGAAAUCCACCACGAAAGAGGGCUUGGACAUCGAGGACGAGGACGAGAAGAAGAAGCUGGAGGAGAUGAAGGCCGAGUUUGAGCCUCUCACCAAGCUGAUGAAGGAAGUCCUCGGAGACAAGGUGGAGAAGGUCAUCGUUAGCUCUAGGAUGGCCGACUCCCCUUGCGUGCUGACCACCUCCGAGUACGGCUGGUCUGCCAACAUGGAGCGCAUCAUGAAGGCCCAGGCCCUGCGCGACAACUCCAUGACUUCCUACAUGGUCUCCAAGAAGACCAUGGAAGUGAACCCAAAGCACUCCAUCAUGUCGGAGCUGAAGAAGAAGGCCGCUGCCGACAAGUCUGACAAGACGGUGAAGGACCUGAUCUGGCUUCUCUUCGACACCUCCCUGCUCACCUCAGGCUUCAACCUGGACGAGCCCACCCAAUUCGCUGGCCGCAUCCACCGCAUGAUCAAGCUCGGCCUGAGCAUCGACGAUGACGAUGAGGGCCUGGGCGAUGACGACGACCUGCCCCCGCUUGAGGAAGUCGAGGGCGCGGCCGACGAGGCCUCCAAGAUGGAGGAGGAGACCGGGGAUCUUGGCUUUGCGGAACGCGGGGGGUGGGCGGGUGGUGCGGCGGUAGACUUGCCGUCAUGCAUCGUCCGCAUAUCUCUAAGACUCGAACGCUUGAUCAUCAAUACCUUCUACUCCAACAAGGAGAUCUUCCUGCGAGAGCUCAUCUCCAAUGCCUCGGAUGCUCUGGACAAGAUUCGCUACGAAUCGAUCACGGAUCCAGACAAGAUCGAGGCGCAGCCCAACUUCUUCAUCAAAGCUCCUGGGGUCAAUGCCUGUGACUCUUCGCUCAGUGGCUGCGGUUUGUUUGAGUAUGCAUCUGAGAUCAUCCCGGACAAGACCAAUUCGACUUUGACCAUCGAAGACUCCGGCAUCGGCAUGACCAAGAACGCCAAGUCUGGCACGAAAGCCUUCAUGGAGGCCAGGAGCAAAUGGGCCAUGGCGGCCGGCGGCGACAUCUCCAUGAUUGGCCAGAGUGCAGGGACUGUAGCAUUGCUAGAACCAGCCUUUGUGCGGCACUUCCGCCCGUUCGGCGUCGGCUUCUACAGCGCAUACCUCGUCUCGGACAAGGUCCGCGUCGUCAGCAAGCACAACGACGACGAGCAGUACAUCUGGGAGAGCGGCGCCGGCGGAUCCUUCACCGUGCAGAAGGACACCGAGCUGGUGCACGGCGAGAUCAAGCGAGGUACGAAGAUUAUCUGCUACCUCAAGGAAGACCAGUCCGAGUUUCUCGAGGAGCGACGCUUGAAGGACUUGGUGAAGAAGCACUCCGAGUUCAUCGGCUUCCCCAUCGAGCUGUACGUGGAGAAGUCCAAGGAGAAGGAGGUGACUGACUCCGAGGAGGAAGAGGAGGAGAAGAAGGACGAGAAAGAGGGUGACGAGCCCAAGAUCGAGGAAGUGGAUGAGGAGAAGGAGAAAGAGGAGAAGAAAAAGAAGACCAAGAAGGUGAAGGAGGUCUCGCACGAGUGGGAGCAGCUGAACAAGAACAAGCCUCUCUGGAUGCGCAAGUCCGAAGACGUCACCAACGAGGAGUAUGCUUCCUUCUACAAGUCGCUGUCCAACGACUGGGAGGACCACCUGGCGGUGAAGCACUUCAGCGUCGAGGGCCAGUUGGAGUUCCGCGCGCUGCUCUUCGUCCCCCGCCGUGCGCCCUUUGACCUCUUCGAGAGCAAGAAGAAGCGCAACAACAUCAAGCUGUACGUGCGUCGUGUCUUCAUCAUGGACGACUGCGAGGAGCUGAUGCCAGAGUGGCUGAACUUCGUGAAGGGCGUGGUGGACUCGGAGGACCUGCCUCUGAACAUCUCCCGCGAGACCCUGCAGCAGAACAAGAUCUUGCGAGUCAUCAAGAAGAAUCUUGUGAAGAAGUGCCUCGAGAUGUUCGCAGAGAUCGCUGAGAAGAAGGACGACUACAAGAAGUUCUACGAGCAGUUCGGCAAGUGCCUGAAGCUGGGCGUCCAUGAGGACUCCACCAACCGCACCAAGUUGGCCGAGCUCCUCCGCUACCACACUUCCAAGUCUGGAGACGAGCAGAUCAGCCUGAAGGAGUAUGUCGACCGCAUGAAGGAGGGACAGAACGACAUCUAUUACAUCACAGGUGAGAGCAUCGCGGCAGUGUCUUCCUCUCCUUUCCUGGAGACCCUGCGAAAGAAGGGCAUCGAGGUGCUUUACAUGAUCGACCCCGUCGACGAGUACUCCGUGCAGCAGCUGAAGGAGUUCGAUGGCAAGAAGCUGAAAUCCACCACGAAAGAGGGCUUGGACAUCGAGGACGAGGACGAGAAGAAGAAGCUGGAGGAGAUGAAGGCCGAGUUUGAGCCUCUCACCAAGCUGAUGAAGGAAGUCCUCGGAGACAAGGUGGAGAAGGUCAUCGUUAGCUCUAGGAUGGCCGACUCCCCUUGCGUGCUGACCACCUCCGAGUACGGCUGGUCUGCCAACAUGGAGCGCAUCAUGAAGGCCCAGGCCCUGCGCGACAACUCCAUGACUUCCUACAUGGUCUCCAAGAAGACCAUGGAAGUGAACCCAAAGCACUCCAUCAUGUCGGAGCUGAAGAAGAAGGCCGCUGCCGACAAGUCGGACAAGACGGUAAAGGACCUGAUCUGGCUUCUCUUCGACACCUCCCUGCUCACCUCAGGCUUCAACCUGGACGAGCCCACCCAAUUCGCUGGCCGCAUCCACCGCAUGAUCAAGCUCGGCCUGAGCAUCGACGAUGACGAUGAGGGCCUGGGCGAUGACGACGACCUGCCCCCGCUUGAGGAAGUCGAGGGCGCGGCCGACGAGGCCUCCAAGAUGGAGGAGGUCGACUAG